GGGGCAGGUGCAGGGCGGCCCGUGGAUGCGCCUCGGCCCCGAUCUCCGCGCAGGGGACCCUGACCGACAUGCGAGGCUGAAGCCAGGGCCGUCGCUGCUGAACAUGCUGAGGAAGCUGGACAAGAUCAGGUUCAGAAGUCACAAGCGCGACGACUUCCUCGACCUGGCCGAGUCCCCCAAUGCCUCGGACACUGAGUGCGGGGAUGAGCCGCCUCUGAGGGCCCCACGGGCCACGCCCCGAGACAGUGAGGAGAUCCGGGACCCUGCGGGGCCGGGAACCGUCAUGGCCGCCGGCAUCCCCGAUUUCCACCGCACUGAAUCUGACCGGCUUAAUGAGCUCAAAGGCCACCUGGAAAUCGCCUUGUUGGAGAAACACUUUCUGCAGGAGGAGCUGCGGAAGCUUCGGGAAGAGACCAACGCCGAGGCCCUGCGGCAGGAGCUGGAGCGGGAACGGCAACGGCGGGUGGAGCUGGAGCAGAGGGUGCAGGAGGCGCUCAAGGCCAGAGCCGAGGAGCAGGCGUCCCAGCAGCCCCCUAGAGGACCCGUCCCUGCCGGAAACGGAGCAGAGCGGCGGGGCCAGGGGCUGUGUGCACGGAUGCAGAAAUGGCUGUACGAGCACUUUGGGGAGUACCUGGAGGACUUCCGCUUCCAGCCUGAGGAGAGCCCGGUGGAGGCUGAGGAGCCUCUCAGUGCCCGCAGGUUAACGGAAAACAUGCGACGCCUGAAGCGCGGGGCCAGGCCCGUGACAAGCUUCUUGCGGAACCUCUCAGCCUUGUCUGACUGGUACUCGGUCUACACGUCUGCCAUCGCCUUCACCGUAUACAUCAACGCCGUGUGGCACGGCUGGGCUGUGCCCAUGUUCCUGUUUCUGGCCAUCCUGAGGCUGUCUCUCAACUACCUCAUCGCCAGGGGCUGGCGGAUCCAGUGGAGCAUCGUUCCCGAGAUCUCCGAGGUGGUGGAGCCCCCAAAGGAGGACCUGACUGUAUCUGAGAAGUUCCAGCUGGUACUGGACGUGGCCCAGAAAGCCCAGAACCUCUUUGGCAAGAUGGCUGACAUCCUGGAGAAGAUCAAGAACCUGUUCAUGUGGGUGCAGCCCGAGGUCACUCAGAAGCUGUACUUCGUCUUGUGGGCUGCCUUCCUCACCUCCUGCUUCCUCCCCUACCGCCUGGUGGGGUUGGUUUUGGGACUCUACGCGGGCGUCAAGUUCUUCCUCAUCGACUUCAUCUUCAAACGUUGCCCCCGGCUGCGAGCCAAGUACGACACCCCCUACAUCAUCUGGACCGGCCUUCCCACCGACCCCCAGCUCAAGGAGCGCAACAGUGCCGCUGCUGCCCGCAGGGUGCAGACCACCUCUGCCCGCAGCUACGUGGCCAGUGCGCCUGCCGGCCUGAGCAGGGACGAGGACACAGGCCGCGUCCACGGCCCCAAGAAGGGAACUUUCCACGAGAUCUUCAACCUGACAGACAACGAGCGCCCACUGGCAGCUUGUGAGAGCGGCUGGCGUUGUUGCCUCAUCAACAGAGACCGGAAGAUGCCCACGGAUUACAUCCGUAACGGGGUGCUCUACGUGACCGAGAAUUACCUGUGCUUUGAGAGCUCCCGAUCCGGGUCCUCCAAGAGGAACAAAGUCAUUAAGCUGGUGGACAUCACAGACAUCCAGAAGUACAAAGUCCUCUCCGUGCUGCCUGGCUCUGGCAUGGGCAUCGCCGUGUCCACGCCGUCCACCCAGAAACCCCUGGUGUUCGGCGCCAUGGUGCACCGUGACGAGGCCUUCGAGACCAUCUACGGCCAGUACGCUAAGAUCACGGCGGCGGCAGCGGCAGCGGCUGCGGCCACAACCAGUGACACCUAGCGGGGUGGAGGGCUCGGCCGGCUGCCGGUUCUGUUUCUUUUGCGUUCUCGACCAUCGGGGAGCGGGACAGGCACUGGGGCGGCCUGGUCCUCCUCGGCCACGGUCCUUGGUGCUGACCCCAGUACCUGCCAGCCCCGGGGAGCUUGGCCAGGGCAGCUGGGACCCACUGGCGGAGUCCUGGCUGCGAGGAAGACCCGGGAGGGACUCGCAAGCUGCAGCUUUUCCAACCAAAGCCAUAGCCGAGAGCGGCCGCCACAGGGCAUGGGGAGCCUCAGCACCAGGAUCUCGGGGUG